UACUAACAUAAAUCAGAAGAGCGUGUGGCUCAAUCGUCUCUCUCCUCAGGAUUAUCCAGACACAACACAAACCAGGGUCCCACACUCCCACAAUUAAGUCGUGUCGUGUGUUCGUAUUUAUAAAAUGAAUUCAUCUUCAGCAGAGCAGCUCACUUAUAGUAUAGACAAGAAGCAACAAAAACAGCACCAGAAAGCUACAAGGAGGAGAGAGAAACAACAACAACAAGAAGAAGAAGAGGAAGAGAAAGAAAGUAACGUCGAGAGGAAGAAGACGAAGAAGAAUAAUAUGAGAGGAAAACAUCAACAAUCAGCUGUAGAUGAAAAGUACGCUCAAUGGAAAUCUCUUGUACCUGUUUUGUAUGAUUGGCUCGCUAAUCACAAUCUCGUUUGGCCUUCUCUCUCUUGCCGGUGGGGCCCCCAACUUGAGCAAGCUACUUACAAGAAUCGGCAACGUCUCUAUCUCUCUGAACAGACUGAUGGUAGUGUGCCAAAUACACUGGUUAUAGCAAAUUGUGAAAUUGUAAAGCCAAGAGUUGCUGCUGCAGAGCAUAUCUCACAGUUCAAUGAAGAAGCACGAUCACCAUUUGUGAAGAAGUACAAGACUAUUAUACAUCCUGGAGAGGUGAACAGAAUCAGGGAACUAGCUCAGCAUAAUCAUAUUGUUGCCACCCAUACAGAUAGUCCUGAUGUUUUGAUUUGGGAUGUUGAGGCUCAACCCAACCGCCAUGCUGUCUUGGGAGCUACUCCAUCUCGUCCAGAUUUGGUAUUGACUGGACAUAAAGAAAACGCAGAGUUUGCUCUUGCCAUGUGUCCGAAGGAACCUUAUGUGCUCUCUGGAGGGAAAGAUAGGUCUGUGGUUCUGUGGAGCAUACAGGACCACAUAACAGCAACAGCCUCAGACCCGUCAAGUAACAAGCCGCAAGGAUCAGGGGCAACAAUAGUGAAACAAAAUGGAGAAAGCCCUUCUAUUGGACCUCGUGGUAUCUUCCAAGGCCAUGAAGAUACUGUGGAGGAUGUGCAGUUUUGUCCAAAAAGUUCUCAGGAGUUCUGCAGUGUUGGAGAUGAUUCUUGCCUUAUACUGUGGGAUGCUCGAAGUGGAUCUGAUCCAGUUAUUAAGGUUGAGAAGGCUCAUAAUGCUGAUCUGCACUGUGUUGACUGGAAUCCUGUUGAUGAGAAUUACAUUCUGACAGGAUCUGCUGAUAGCUCUGUUCGUAUGUUUGACCGGCGUAAUCUUACUUCUGCGGGAGUUGGAUCACCUGUUCACAAAUUUGAGGGUCAUAAAGCUGCUGUUCUCUGUGUCCAGUGGUCUCCUGAUAAUCCAACUGUCUUUGGAAGUGCUGCAGAGGAUGGUGUUCUGAACAUUUGGGACUAUGAAAAGGUUGGUAAAAAGAAAGAGCGUGGGGCUAGAACACCAAAUGCUCCUCCAGGUCUCUUUUUUCAGCAUGCUGGGCACAGGGAUAAGGUGGUUGAUUUUCAUUGGAAUACUUAUGAUGCUUGGACUAUUGUGAGUGUUUCCGAUGACUGCGAUUCUAGUGGUGGUGGUGGAACACUACAGAUUUGGCGAAUGAGCGAUUUGAUAUACCGACCAGAAGAGGAAGUUUUGGCGGAGCUUGAAGAAUUUAAGUCACAUGUAGUAACAUGUGCUUCCAAAUCCUAAGGUGAGGGAGAUGCAGUUUCUUGCUGAUAGUCAAUGUUGAGAGUACAAGGCCUUCUAGAGUUCUAGAUUCCAUGAACGGCAGAGUGAGCUGUCUGAUGAGACCUUUAAGCUGUUUUAGUUAGUAUAGUAUGCAGAUGCAUGAACUUUAGGGCAUGUGAUUCAGUAUUUUCGGAAAAAAUUCUUUUAAACUCAAGGUGUCUUUUAAUCUUUUGGAGGGUAGGAGGGAGAUCUUGUUGCCUGUGGAACGUGGAUUCAGUUGUAAUAUAUAAUUUUGUGAAGCAAGUAACAGUCUCCAGUUGAAACAUAAAACGAGAAUUAGAGACCGCAUCUAAUAAAACUUUAGUUGCAAUGUCUUGUUUUUAUUUUUUUUAUUUUUUAACUAUGCCUAUGCUUACUGAUUUUGAGUGUAAAUUUUGCACCCAAAAAAAAAAGGCUGAGUCGAAAUUUGUUUAAUUUGUAAAAUAAACUUUGGUACUGAAGGUGUUAAUAUAUAUUCCAUCGGCCUCUAAAUAUAGUUUUCAUAUUUUCA